GUCAUCAACAAUUACACUUACACUUGCGAAUUUACAAAUAGCGAGUUACGUUGUUAGUUGCUUAAAAAGAGAAGGCCCGGCCCAGCCCGACCCAAGUUUGAUUAUGAAAGCCUCAGUAGACCAAAAUUCAGCCGGAAUCUUGUCAGUAUGGCAUUGCAUAUUCACGGUUUCUGGAAACAAAGAUGCGGAAGAGGGGCUAAAGGAGGAGAAGAAACAAGAAAUGAUAGAGAUGUACGGGCACAUGAAGCAUCUGCGUUUGGCUAUUCACGGGAUUGAAAACCCAGAUUUGAUCGGCAUCCCUGAAAUAGCAAAACCCUUCAAUUCCAUAUUCUCCGGAAUGACGAAAGAGAAUUUGAUCCAAGAUCAGAUCAAUUCCUUCAUGAGAGAAGUAGCAAAUAUGCGACAAGUUAUGAAGGAUAUCAAAAACUGUAGUAGUAGUAGUUUGUAUGGAUCAGUAGGAGGUUUAAAAUUAAAUGAUAACACACCCAAAUAUAUAAUCAGCUUUCUAAUCCUUUGGUAUUGGCUAGCUGUGUGGUCCUCUUCAGACAAACCAGAAAAUCAUGGUGCUAAAGAUGAAUUCAUAGAGGUUAUUGAGAUGAACAAAGAAACGUUGGGAUUUUUCCUGGUUGGCGUUGGCACCCCCAAAAUUAACCCAAAAGAGCAACAAGAGCUCCUCCAAACUCUCCUCUACAAGCUCCUUCAAAUGCUCAAAUCAGACCAUCAAUUUUGGACGGAAUUCAUAGAUCAAUUUCUUAACAAAAUGAUACCUAAACCAGAAGCCCCUAAAACGUCGAUGAAUCUGCAUAUUUUUUGGGGGGCCUUAGUUGCAGGCAUAGUAGCAGGUGUGGUGUCACCGUUUUUAGUUGACGGGAUAAAAGAAGCUGUUAAGUAUAGUUCCGAUCACAUCGAAGAUUUGGGUAAUGCGAUGACGGAGGCAAUGAGAUACGUCGGGGAAGGAGCACUAGCUGGGGUCUCUCCGUAUCCCAAUUAAUAGAUCGAGCAUAUAUAUGUAUUUGGGUGCAUCGUACAUUCUCUCACAUUUUCUAUUUUACAUGUGAAGAAAAAAUGCAAUAGAAAUCACCAAUGAGCAUAAAAAUGCUCUUAAUAACUUUCAGUAUUUACUGGUCUAUAGUACUAUACCCGUGUCGUCUAAUUACGUUAAAAAGCCUUCAAGGCAUAAAGACAGGUUUUUUUUGUCACUUUUUCCUGUCAACUCAUGGCCAACAAAUUAAAGUGACCUCCAAUAGUAGGGCAUGCAGCAUAAUAGCAUAUCUGAGAUGUAUUCUUAUUUGCUUAUGGUAUUUGACUUACUGUUACUUUCCUUUGUUUACAUUCAUUACCCAAUUGCCUACAUUCAUGUAUUGCAAACGUUUGUAUUUCAAGAUUCGAUUAAAUUUUGUUGAAUUUGU